UCCAAUAUGGCGUCGAGAAGUGUCAAAGCAAUGUGAACAAUAAUAUAUUAUUGCUCUAAUCAAAUAACGCCGUGGCAUGAUUGCAUGAUAUCCCUUGUAAUGGACAGGUUAUUGUCUCGGUUCACAUGAGUGACAUAGUUGAAAAAACGCUGGCAUCCUUUCCGAAGUUUCUGUCGGAAGGGCUCCUCGGAGGCAGCCAGACUCGAUCAUCCAAACAUGACAUUCCCCCGGGUCUACGCCAGUUAAUUGCGGCCACAUUGAGUGCACGGUCAAAGAGCGAUGAAGAACUGAUCAUCAAGAAAGAGUUGUCCUUCCUGCAGCAGCGAUUCUCUCAGCCGAACCAGUCUAUUCAGCUGAAAGAAAACUUGAGUCGGCUGCUAUAUUGCCUGACCCUUGGCUACGAUGUGUCCUUCGCCACCAUCCAUAUGGUCAAGCUGGCACAACAAGGAGGUGGCAUACACAAGAGACUCCGGUUAGUACAUCCCUGUGGAGUAGAAUACCGCAGGGGUCAGUACAGCCCUGUGGAGUAG